AUGCAUAUUUCAGAGAUAGAAAUGGAGGGAUUCAAGUGCUACGAGGAUAAGGUUGUUGUAGGGGGAUUGGACAGGGCAUUUAAUGCCAUAACAGGAAUGAAUGGAGCAGGAAAGAGCAAUGUCAUAGAUGCAAUUUUAUUCUGUUUGGAUUUGAAGAAUAGCAGGAGCAUGAGAGUAGGGGGAAUGAGGGAGUUGAUAAACAUUCACAGGAAGCAGGCGAGGGUGAGUCUCAGUCUCAGAGACGUACCAAGUUACGGGGAUGUGGUGGUAGAGAGGACAAUAAUAUGCACAAAUAAGGAGGUGAAGACAGUAUUCAGGUUGAAUGGGACGACUUGUUUGAGGAAUACGAUACGUAACAUAGUGAGGAUGUUGAACAUAAGUAGCGACUUUGUUAUUCAACAGGGGCAUAUUACGAGGAUGGUGAAUAUGACAGGUAAGGAAGUGAGGAACAUGAUUGAAGAAGUGGCUGGGACAAGGCAUUAUAAUUCGAAGCAGGUGGAAUCAUUGGAGCAGUUGGAAAAGAAGGAAUUUAAGUUGAAAAUAGCACAGAAGAACCUGGAGAGCAAGGUGGCACCGUAUUUCAGUCAAAUGGAGGAAGAGAAGAAGGUAUAUGAGAGAAACAGGGAGAUACAGGAGCAUAUGAAGGAGUGGAAGGAGGAGUUGGAAGAAUUGGAGAGAAUGGAAAGGAAGAUACAACAGGAGGAAAAGAUGAAAAAGAUUGGGAAACAGGUGCAUGAAUACAAGGAAAAGCAAGCAAAAUACGAAGAGAUUAUGAGAGUGGAAGAAAUGGAUGUGAAGGGCAUUUUGAAGAGAAUUGGAGAGAUUGAGAGUGUGUUGAAUGGAUUGGAAUUGAUACAGGAGGAAGAAAGGGAAUUUGUAGUGGAGGAUACAGAUGAAAUGAGAAACAGGUUGGAGAGACUAAAAGAACAGGAAUUGAUUCUACAAGCGCAAUUGGCGGGUGCAGGAGGUGACAAGAGACUGGAAAUAGAGAAAUUAACUAUGGAAACUGAAAGACUACGGCAACAGGUUGAUAAUAUCCAGGUUAAUUUUGGGGUGAAAUCAAUAGAAGUAACAAGCUUAAAAGGCAUAAAAGAUAAGUUAAUUUGUUUGUUGGAGAACAAAACAAAUUCAAUGAACAAACUAAGUUAUGACUACAGCAACAGAAGAAUAUUAGGUACAGUAGCAGAAUUAUUUAAGAUCAAAGACAGUGUCUUUGCUGAUGCCAUUUGGACUGUUUUGGGUGGUAGAGCUGACUUCUUAGUUGUAGAGGAUGAUGAAGUGGCAGCUACGUUGUUGAAAAACAUAAAGCAUAAAGUAAGCAUAAUUCCACUAAACAAACUGGUAGCAUCUAAGAGAAACAAAGCAAUAGGAAAUAACUGCAGAAACAUGUUAGAUUGUAUUGAAUAUGAUACAAAAUACAACAAGGUAUUUGAAGGAUUCCUUGCUGAUUAUUUUGUAUUCUGGGACAAAAAGGAAGCGUAUGAUGCUUGUCAUAAGUACAGAAUCAAGUGUGUUACAGCAGAUGGCACUAUUUAUGACCCAUUUGGAUCACUAACAGGUGGAAAGAGCAAUUUGAAACCAAGAAAGAAUUUUAGGCAAGAGAUUAUGGAAGUUGAACAGAAAAUUGAUGAGAUUAAUACAAUAGUGAAGAAAGAGGCUGCUAAAUUGCAGUAUAGAGGUGAAAGUAACCUAAAAACAAAAGAUAUUGAAAUAUUCUUAACAGAUCACAAUCAGUUUUUUACCAUGAGAAAUCAAAUGGAUGCGAAAACAGAUAAACUCAACCUACUUGUCAACCUGAUGAAGAAUAGCACCAACAUACAGCAUGAAUACAACAAAAUCAGCAAAAUGAUCACAGAAUUGGAGAUAGGGUUGAAGGAGACUCUGAUCAGAAAUCAAACAAUUGAAGCAGAAAGAAGAAGAUACAAAUUGAAACAGAUGCAAAUCAAUGAAAACAAGACAAAAUCCAUUACACUCAAAUCAGAACUAAUCAAUUUGAAACAAAUGGAUCUCAAUGUGCCUGAAAUCAAUGUCGCUGAAAAGAAUGAGUUGUUCAGAGAAGUCACCAAAUUGAAGCACCGAAUCAUCUCAGAAAGCAAAUCACUCUUUCCUGAUUCUGAUAUUGAUCAAAUUGUUGCUGAAUUUGAUCAAAUCAGGUGUCAUCCCAAUGAAAACACCCCAAACAGUCAAAUUGGCACCAAAGAGCGCACUGAUAGAAUCAAUCAGCUCCGCAAAUUGAUCAAAACCCAAAUUCAGCCCAUUUCGAUGAAUCCGGUGAAUUUCAACUUUCUUGAACAAAAUGCCCUGCUUGAACAGGAGCUCCGUAACAAAAUCAGGCAACUUGAAACAGACAAAGAGCUCAUCGUCAAAAACAUCACCAAAUUGAACAAAAAGAGUCUCAGGGAGGUUGAUCUGGCAUUGCAGCACUUCAAUAGCAGUCUCUGUAGACUUGUCCAAUACUUCUUGCCUGAUUUCACUGCCUCCAUCGACAAGGAGUCCUAUCGAAUUGUGAUAUCGAAAUCAGUUGAUCAAAAUGCAAAGUGCUCUCUGCUUGAGCUGAGUGGUGGCCAGAGAUCCAUCGUGGCCAUGUGCCUGAUGUUCUCAGCCCUCACCUACAAACUAGCGCCUUUCUACAUCUUUGAUGAAAUCGAUGCUGCCCUGGAUUUGAGUUUCACUCAGCACAUUGGCCACGUCAUCAGAAACGAGUUCAAAAAUGCCCAGUUCUUCGUUGUCUCCCUCAAGAACUCGAUGUACGACAGUGCCAGUGCCAUCUACCAGGUCUACAUUGAGGACAAAAAGAGCAAAAUAAGGCGAGUUAAGUAA